CAGUUGCAUUGCUGUGAUGACAUGCUGAAACAAUGGGUUGUUGCCAGUAGCAGAAGCGCAGCACCUGGUCCUGUUGAUGCUCAAAGUUUGCAGAUCACAAUCGAAGCACUCUUUGUGAGCAUUUGUCAGAAAAAGCACUACCUUUACAGACAGAAUGAUCGCAACAAAAGGCGACAGAAAAUAACUCAAAAGAUAGCCCAGGAAAAGAAACGGUUUCUGGAAGACAUCCAGAGAUACAACCAACAGCCUGAUGGUGACCUUGUGGACACAGAGUUAGUUGUGCAGAAACUCUCUAACAGAGCUGCAGAGAGCAUGAUCUGGCCUUGGCAGGAACAGAACACAGACAGUGUGGACAUCCUCACAAAGAAGAAGCUCUUUGACCACGUAAUCCUUGCCUCACGGCUAAAAGAGGAAAAGCAGAUCCUUGUGAAGGAGAUGCUGCAGCACUGCCAGUACCUCAAGGACUCAGUGGCAAAGGUCCAGACACUGAUGGGCACUGUUUUAGUGAGCACACAGACAGGAAGCUUGCCAAAUGGAUUAACCGAGGAGGGGUCCAAGGGCCUCAUCAGUGCACUAAAAAGAAGACUGCAAGACCUGAGACUCCAACAGCAGACCAUAGCAGGCACCUACAGAUGCACUCUCAAACCAAGUAACAGGCUGGUGGAAGAGGACGACAGGGAAAUGGACUGGGACAGGGAAAUGGACAGGGAAAAAGAAAAGACUGGCAACGUGGCAACAGCUCGGAUGAUGAUGAUAGUGAUAAGGAGGCGGAUGCAGAGAAUUGAAUUCAAGUCACUUGGAUCUGAAUCACUCAGUCACAGCUGUAAUCGCCUGAAACCUAACUUGAUAUACUGUGAUGUAUACUGUGUGUUCUCUCCCUUUGAUCUCUACCUAUAAUGGCCCAGGCGAGUC